UCCUGUCAGCAGCUGGGGAACAGCCUAACAGCACGAUGAGAGAGGAGAGACCGGAGAAAAGCCGUUAACACACCGCAAAGAUGGAGGACGACCUGGCGUCAGAGGAUGAUAUCUUGCUGUGGUCAGAGAAGGAGUUCCACGAUGCCGCAAAGAGGAACGACACAGGGAAAAUGCAGGAACUGAUCAAGAAGGGUGUGGACGUCAAGGCCAAAAAUAAAAUAGACAGGAAGGCUCUGCACUGGGCAGCAGGAGCAGGGAAUGAACAGGCUCUUCGUCUCCUCCUGGACCACGACACUGAAGUUGAUGAGGGGGACAUUUUUGGCAUGAACGCUCUGCUGCUGGCCUCCUGGUUUGGUCACCUGAAGAUCCUGCAGAUCCUGGUGUCCUGUGGAGCAAAGCUCAGCUGUGUGAACAAGGAUGGUCUGACUAUGCUGCACUGUGCUGCUCAGCGAGGCCACAUCAGAGUGUUGGAGUUCAUCAUGGAGGACCUGGAGGACAUCUGUCUGGACAGAGAGGACAAGUCAGGGAAGACAGCUCUUCACCUGGCUGCUGAACAUGGACAACUGGAGGUGGUGGAGUUUCUGAUUGGAAUGGGUUGCACACAUGGAUUAAAGGACAAGGAGGAGAACACGGCCAUGCAUCUAACAGCGAGGUGCGGCCACACAGAGGUCCUGCAGAAGAUCGUGGAGACCGGACUAGAUGUGGAUGAGAGGAACAUAGAUGGUCUCACAGCUUUGCACCUGGCAGCUGAUGGAGGUCACUAUGACUGUGUCAAGUUGCUGCUGGAGUCCGGCUGUAAUGUCAACGCACAGACGAAUAGGAACAUGAACGCUCUGCACUACGCUGCCCAGCACGGCUUUGACAAAGAGGCCAGUUUACUCCUGGAGGCAGGAAUCAGCAUCGAUGCUGUCGACAAUCAACACACCACAGCACUCCAUGUGGCGGUGUUCAGCAGCCACACUGAGGUUGUGCGGCUGCUCAUAGAUGCUGACUGUGACCUGGACGUCACUGACUGUAGACAGCAGACGGCUUUACACAUCGCAGCAGAGCAUGGCUGGCAGGACCUGGCUGAGAUGAUGUUGAUUUCAGGAGUUAACCUCAACAUGGCUGACAAGCAGGGGAAAACAUGUCUGGAGGUGGCAGCCAGAGGAAACCACGUCAUCCUGGUCGACAUGAUCAUCAAAGCCGACCGCUUCUAUAAAUGGGAGAAGGAUCACAUGAGCAGUGAGCAGGACUCCUGGGUGGGGAGGCCGCUGAGCUUCAGGCAGGACCACCAGCCGGAGACACAGCACCUCCGCUCAGUCCUGUGGAGCCUGGCCACCAAGCACCUCUGCCGCGGGGAGUGGAAGAUUCUGGCACAACACUGGGACUUCAGUGACGCUCAUAUACGAGCUAUAGAACAACAGUGGACAGGUAUGAAAAGCUUCAAAGAGCAUGGUCACCGCAUGCUGCUCAUCUGGCUUCAUGGAGUCGUGGUGGCGGGGGAGAACCCCAUCAAAGGCCUGUACGAGGGGCUGGUGGAGAUCUCCCGCACAGACCUGGCAGAGUGUGUCCGGCAGAAGGCGAACGCAGAGAGCAGCUCUCCUAAGAUGUGCUCUGCGAUGUGAUCUGUGUCACUCUGAGUGACUGUGAAGGUUUCACUUCACCCCUGAACUCUGUUUAACUAUAAAUGACCUGAGCUGAGCCAAUCACAACACUUUGUAUAAUUUAUGGCAUGUUUAUAUUCACAUUUUUAAUCUGUUCUGACUCUGGUUCAGAGGAUUUAUUCUAUGUUAGGGUGAGGGGACAAUAAGAUGGUUUUAAUGUAAAAUAACAGUUCUUUUUGUUGUUUUUUUAAUGCAUGCGGUGAACAGCUGCUGACACUAUUCAUACCGUAUAUACUGCUUUAUCUCUGUACACAAAGGGCUGUAAACACACAACGCAUUUCGGCUUAUUAUAAUGAUUUAUCAUCCAGCCUCAUAUAAUGUAAAGGAUCCACCAUAAAACCCAUCAUUGAAUAAGGAAUGUCACCUGGUAUUAGGUUUGGGCCGAUAUUCAAUAAUAUUGCAAUAUUUCCCACCAAUGCAAUAUUUGUCAUCAUAUCAAUUUUUUGCUGUAACAUAAUAUAGGAUUUAAUAUAUUAUAAUAAAAAAAAACAAUUGAAACAUAAAUAUAACCCCUGUGAUAAUAUCGUAUAUCAUGAUUUUUGGGUUAGACUGCAUUGAGAUAUUAAAUCUUGGAUAUCAACCCUACCUGGUAUCAUAUGGGACUUGGAUCCUGAUCCACAAAAUAUUUACUAUAUACUGUAUUUCUUUAUCAAAAACUAUAUCUAGCAGCUACAUAGAAAUCCAAACUCCCCCCACCACAUGCUGUCUCCUGAAAACAUAAAGCUAAAGCUCCCCUUCCUUAAUGUUCCCCUCCAGACAUGUUUCAAACUCUGUAAAAGUAUUUUAUGCUAAUACUAAUCAGCUGUGAUUCAUAUUUAGUUGAACAUGGUUUUCCCGAACAAAGAGUCUCAUCUCUUACAUCCUGAGUGAGAAAUUCGGAUCAGGCCUUUAGUUUCAUGGUCCAGUCCAAAGUUCACAUGUAUCAAAAAUGUGAAGAAAGAACUAAACUGAACUUAUUCUUACACUGCAAAAUUCACAUCAGCUUAAAGAUUAUGGAUCAUGGACAUCUAAUGAACAAACAGAGCAGAAGUAUCAUGGUUAGGGCUCCACGAUUUUAACCAUAGGCCGACGUCCAAUCAUUACCCUGUGAAAGCCGAUAUGAUCGUUAUGAUACCCCAUGAGCGAGAGAGAGAAGAGUGACCAUAACUCUCUCAUGGAUACCCUGAGUGAUGACAGUAAGAUGACAAAUACAUUUUAUGUCGUCACAAAUAAUGCGUCUCUCUCAUUGACUGAGAAGCUGAACUAAAUGACAUGUUCUGUCGAUCUCCUCCGCUCUGUAAUCACAGAGCAGCACCUACACACAACAAGCUGCUUCAUUCAAAUACACUGAAGCAGUGAAUCACAGUUACAUCAACUCAUUUGCAUUUAUUCAUUUGACAGAAGCUUUUGUCCAAAGUGACACACAAAACAAGCCAAGUAGAUCAAACAGAAGCAUCAACACAGCUGGAGAGGGAUCAGGAGAUCAAGUGAAGACUGAAGGAGUUUCAGCUGACUGGAUCCAGUCUGGUAGCUCGUUCCACCAUCACUAACAGAGAGAGGUUUGGGUUGACAGUGAUGGUCGGACUAUAGUCUCUAGAGAAUGAGAAGGCUCAUAAAGCUGAAUGAGGGAGUUCAGGUAGGUGGAGUGACAUGAUCUGUCUCUGGCUGGUUGAGGACCAGAUGUGCUGCUCCUGUUUGGACCAUUAGCAGAGGUUUUACUGAGGAUGCUGGUCAGUGAGAGCUCUAUAGCAGUCAGAGCAAGAGAUGACCAGUGUCUGAACAAGGAGUUGAGUUUCAUCCUCAGAUAGUACCUGAUCUUUCUUAGUGAGAUACAGUUACAUCAUAUUGAAGUAUUGGGGCUUUGCAGCCAAUAAACGUUUUUGAAUUGUCAUAGCAGUAAAAUCACAGGUGAAACUGUGAGAGGACUCACUCACAGGAACAGAGGAGGCUGGUGUAGAUACAAACUGGUGCUAGCUUCUCUCUGUUUAUUACUAUAUUCAGAGGGGUCUUGUCAUCGCAGGAGGUUUGUUUCAGCUAGGUAAUGUAUUACACAUCAGCAGUAGCAUUAGUGCUCCUUCUCUGCUGGUCCACAGGUUUCUACCUAAAAAAUAAAACUGCUGCUACAUUCAGCCUUUAGUUGUCUGACCUUCACUGACUAAAGAAACGGAGAGUAUUGAAGCUCUGUGUCAAUCUUGGCUCUCACUCUGCUCAAUGUUCCCCUCCAUGUCAGACCAGGUUUUCAGUCAGUCUGUGUUUCCUGCUUCUCACUUGAUCUCAUGCUGUUGCAUCUCCAUCAGUGGAACCACUUUGGAUCCUGAUCUUCUUCUCUCUCAGAGCUCCACUGUGGCCUGAUGGGUAAAUGGUGACGCUCCAUGAAGACUCUGUUCUAUGGUCUCAUGGUCUCUUGGGCAGUCGGGGUGGGAUCUGGUUUUACAGAGACCAGGACAGUGAUCUGAUCAAAUGACCAGGUUGAUCAGGUUCAGUUAAUGUGCUGCACAUGUUUUAUUAGUGUUCACACAGGAAACCAUGUUGACUGCAGCAUCUGUUACAAGACAUUUUACCUUGUUCCUCUCCACCAUGAGGUUAGUUUCACCUGAGCCGUGUGGCUUCUGAGUGGCUGCUGGGAAGAUUUUCACUCAGGUGAGGUGUUAAAGGUGCUGACCAAAAACAAAAGGGUUGUAGAUGUCAAAAGAGAUAGACUGAGCACAUGAGCAGCUUAUAUUGCCUUUAAGGUCCAAAUGAUCUACAUUCAGCCAGUUACCUGCUCAGGUUAGCCAGCCUCCUGACAAGGGGAGGAGCAUCACAACUUCCAACAAAAGUAGUUGUAAGUACGUGUGUCUGAUUUUAUGCGACUUAACAUGAUGCCUGCUGGACUUAAAGCAGUGCAUUCUGGUUAGAACGUUUGUCCGACUUUUGCUGCAGAACAUCAUCAUGUCACAUGACAUUAAAACCUCACAGGAGGAAGGCACCUUCACUUUUCUGAGGAAGGUUCUACAGUUUCUCACCUCUGUGAUGACUGAGCUUUGUCCUGAUUGGCUGAAGGCUUCACUGGCACACAUGACAUGUUCUAUGUAUUUAUUCUAAGAACUUCAGUUCCUCUUUUACUGAACCUUCAGUUUAUUUGAGCUCCUCCUUCUGAAAGCUCAGUUUUUACAUAUGGACACUAACACUAUAGUUUUCAUUUCCAGUUUGUUAUUAUGAAAGCAUUCUUACAGGUCAAGAUUUAUUCUUUAGAUUUCUCUUCACCUCCUGGCAAAAUGGUGGCCCUUGUUUUUUAUUGUCAAGUCUGUGGUUCUCAAUGAAUAAAUAUUUUUACUUUUUAUUUAUUUACCAUCAAACACUUUGGGCUCCAUAAUAAACACUGAAAGAUCUGUGGAUGCUGCUGAUGCCUUUAAAAAGCAGCUCAAGGUCCAGAGGUGCAGACUUCACUUCUUCUGUUUUAUUCAUCUGUUGAUGUGAAGUACUUUGCCCUCGAAUGGUGCUAUUAAAAAAAACUUGAUUUGCUCACUUCACCAGGAGAGUGACGACACCAGCCACGCACUGCAGCAGCUCUCACACACAUCAAUACUCUGUAGAUAUCAUCAUAUCACCACAUGGGAAUGUACUGGUAAAACUGCCACCAUUUUUGGGCAUAACUCUAACAAUGGCUGUUCUAUUAGCACAGGAAACAUGAGCGGGUCACCCUGGUUACAACAAAUGAUCUAAAGUGCAGUUUUGCUCAGUGUUGACAUGAUCACUCACUAUCAGCUGUUAACAUCCAUUAGCAUUAGUAAAAUACAGUGUUUAACCUACUGUCCCCACUGCAAGCAAUAGACCAUAUACAGGAUGCAGUUUAAUGAUGCAAAAAACACAUGACAUUUCGAGCAAAAAAAAAAACUUUUCUAUUUUGAUCUAAACUUUGCUUUUUGUUUUAUGACUUACUGGAUAAUUUCACUUCUUCUAAACCUCUUUGGUUGAUGUCAUCAUAACCCAUAAACAUAUGCUGAUGAUGGGUCACAAGUUGCUUUAUUUUGAAGGGUGACAAGCCAAAAGGUUGGGAAGUGCUGUUCUAGAUGACUGGGCAUCCUGCAAUGGUGUGGUAAGAAACAGGAAAUGGUUAAAACUAUGACCAAAAAAAUCCAUCUUAUAUAAAACUGAACUUAAGGAGUUGUGUGUAUAUCUGUAUUUAUGUUUAUGAAUCCACUGAUUCACUAAACUGAGAGUUUGAAAUGGUUUUGAAACACUGCACCAUGCGUUUAAUGUUUUCAUGUAUUCCUCUCGGUUUCACUCUGACCAAAACAAAUUGAAUCACAGUUCUGUUUUUGUUAUAUAUGUACAGUAUUUCCAUUUCUACUUGAAUUUUUUUUUGGAGCCACUCUGUGCAUGUUCAGAGUUUUAAAUGUGUGGUAUAGAUAUAAUCUGUGUUAUAUGUAUAAACUUCUAAUGUAAUUGUGAACUUGACUUAUUCAUGAGAUCAGUAAAAACUACACUU